AAAUUUUAAACGUAAAAGAUGAAAAUAAAAAUUUUCUUUGCAUUAUUUUUGAUAAUUUUUGCAAGCAUAGAGGAAGGAGAUUUUGCGGAAAUACCAAAGCCUGAAAACUGUGAAGGCAAAGAUUGUGAGAAAAAGGUUAAAGAAUGCAUGCCAGGUUUUUGGGGAGAACCAUGCAAAAAAUGUGAAUGUGAAGAUCGUGCUGAUUCUUGCGAUUAUGCAACUGGAAAUUGCUUCUGUAAUUCUAAAGGCGUAAUUGGUGAUAAAUGUGACAAAUGUGAUGAGAAAAAGUUAUACAAGAGAGAUCCAUCGUCUGGAAAUUGUUAUUAUGAUCUCGAUAGUUCUAUUUACGUUUUUAAGUUGACAUCGCCAGCCAACAAGCACCUCACAAAGAUUAAUUUCAAAUUCUCGCCAGAAGAUCCAAAAGAUGACAUUAAUUUUGCAAUUAAUUGCGGUGAAAAUUGCCAUCAUUUCGAGCUAAACAUGAUCGCAAAGGAACAUGGAAAGGAGGACAAAGUCGUGGUUAAGAAUGAGAAAAUUGAAGGAAAUAAAGUUUUUGAAAAGAUUUUAUCUCACAAAGACUUUAAAUUUGGAGUAGAAAAAGAAAAGCCAAUAACUGAAUUUUUUAUUCAUGUUCAAGGUUUUAAGGCACCAACUGUGUUUAAUGUUAAUGUUAUUCCUGAGUCAAAGAAGCAUGAUACAUUCUUGACAUUCUAUGAGGCAUAAGGAUAAUUAUUAGAAAUUUGAAGUUUAUGAUUCAUUUUUGACAUUGUGGUUGGCAUUAUUUUAAUUUUUAAUGAUAGAAAGUUUGAGAAUAAACCUGAUUUACAACUGUUAUCAUUUCGAUCAGUUUCGUAUUCUUGAUUUGAUUAUAAAGCUUUAGUGACUGUGUUUUAUAUAUAACAGCGCUUAUUAAGUUUGCAUCCACACACAUCUUAUAUAAUCCUUAAGUCUUCAGUUCUAACAAUAUCAAAGCAAAUGUUUGACAUAAAGUAAAUUUGAUCUUGACUGGAUAUGAUUAUGAUUUAAGUUAGCAUUGAUCUCAUUUGAUCUGGAUGAGUCAGGGGCUUUGAAACAAUCUGCAAAGUGAGAUUAAUUCUUACUCACAGAGUAGCUCUGUUCAACCACCUAAGAACUCACACCUCAAAUCCUAGAAUAUUACAAAAUCAAUUGCUAUUACAUCCUCUAAACUACCUGCGAAGUAAAUUCACCAAUAAAAUCUACAAUAACCAUUCCCAAUGUUAAUUCUUGUCUCAUAAAUUUUACUUUUAAAAAACAUAAAAAAAAUACUUUUUAUUUGAUUGUUGGUAAUGCUGAAAUGAUCAUGAUAUGAAUAAAUAAUUAGCAUAUAUUCAAAUUAU